GAUUAUUAAUUUUAAAAAAGCUAACUUCCAUUCUUUACCGACGUUACAAUUUUCAUGUUUCCAAAGCUAACAAAUUAAGUUUAAAAAAAAAUGAACUAAUAUUUUUAAACAACAAUAUUCAACGCUUUUUUUUUCAUCAUUAGACGUAAAUCGAAAUUUUUACAUUUUAAAUAAUUAUCAACCUUGGUAGCAAAGCAUGAUGCUCAAAAACGCUCAAAAUUUAGCGAUUGCUAAAAAUGCCAGCAAUUCUUGCUAAUAAGAUUUCAUAAUUAACUCAAAAGUCAAAAAAAUAAAUAAAUUACCAAAAAACCAACGCUUAAUUUUUAAGUAUUUUUUCAGAUUUUUAAAUCCUUAUUGGUGGGUUUACUUUAUCUCGUUUUUCUGAUUACCUUACCUUUCCUAGAUACUUUGUACUCAGAUUUAGUUUAUAGCACCGUUUUAUAUAGUUAAAUGUUAAAGUUGUUAGGUGUGAAAGUGUACAGUAAUAUGUCAUAUGCCAUUAAAUUCUGUACUUAAUCACAUAACUUACCAAUCGAAUUUUUAAAUUGAAACUUUGAUUAUUUUACUCAUAAAUUAGUUUCGAUAUUUUUUGGUUGAAUUGAGUUGUAAUUAUUCUCCUUCAAUUAGAUGAACUUAAGCUGAGUAAAAAAAAAUAGAUUAAAAACAGUGAAAAUCCCAGCACUAUGAUGAGUGAAAUGCAUUUAAAGUUUAAUUUGAAACUUAAGUCAUUUUUGGGGAAAUCAGAAAAUAAAUUUAAUACUUUAAUUUAGGAUGUAUUUUUGCAAGUUUUAAUUAAAAUGAUAUAAAACAACUGGAUACAGUUUUUAAACGACUUCUUCAGAAGCAUUUUCAAAUAGAACAGAUCGUUCAUUCUUGGAAGAAAAAUUAGCAAAUUCGAAAAUUUUCACUUUCACACGUGUGCUUGUAUUGCGUAAUUAAUAUUCUUCGCAUUUUUUAAGUUUUCAAAAGAUUGUAAAGAACAGAUCAAUGUGCUUUUAAAUUUUAAAAAUUAUUUUCUUACUUAUAUAAAAUAAAAAAGUCCUUGUCUGUCGAUUUAUUUUUGGCGAAAUAAAACGAAGCCGUUUUUACAGAUCUAUCUGCGCAAGUCGGAUUUGAUUCGCCAACUUCAGUCGCAAACGAAAUAUUAAACUGUUUUGUUUACAAGACAGUUCAACGCUUCUAGUAAUUUGAACUAGAAUUAAGAGAAUUCAUGUUUUUCUCGUAUUUGAAUGAAAUCCUGCUUUAAGGUACCUGAAUUUAUUUCCUAAUUAUUAAAUUAUGUUAUUUUUACUUGAUUGUUAGAAACUUUAUUAUCUGAACAAAAGUUGAUCUCUGUGUAUCAACAAUUGCCUGAAAAGCUGCUAUUAUCGCAGCUGAUCAUAAUAGAUAAUUUCUUGCUUAAAAACUUUAGUUACCAUAGUUAUAAUAAAUGUUUAUAUGAAGAGUACAGCAUCUGUAAUAUAUUACAACUACGAUUAUUUAAAGACUUGAAUGUUAUAAUGUUUCUAUGAACAGUUUAUUCAAACUAUUUUAUAAAUUACGGAAACUUGAUUAUUGCCGUAGAAUAUAUUUACUUAACAACUUCCGUUGUAUCAUUCAUAAGAAUUGCUUAUUGGAAGAGCUUAUUAUCUGAAUUAUACUACAGAACUAUUCUAUGUAUUAGGGAUGUUGAUUAUUACAGGCAGAUUUCUUGAUUAACAACUUUAAUAGUGCCAGUUUAAGAAUUGUUUAUUGAAAGAGCUCAUCUUAUAAGAAUAUAUAAUUACUUACACUGUUUAAAGAAACUUCGAUUUGAAUCGCGCUCUAUUUCUAAUAAAAUUUUACUGGAAUUCUUUUCAUGUAUCAAAGUUUAUUAUUGCUGAUAGAUUUCCAAAUUAGCAAUUUAAGCUGCCACAGCUAAAUAACCGUUUAUUGAAAGAACUUAGCAUAAGAAAUAUAUUUCAUAUUAUUACAAGAAACUUCGACUUGUGUCUGGUCACAUUUUUUACUGAGUGUAUUGAAACUUCUGUAAUCUGAAGUUGAUCAACAGUUUGAAUUGCUCCAUAUAUGGUAAUUGUUUGUUGAAAAAGCUCAACCUUCGAAACCUAAGUCAGAUUAUUUCAAGAAGAACUUUGCUUAAUCUGAAUCACACAAUUGAUUUGAAUCACUUCAUUGUUCAAAAAGAAUUGUUCAUUGGAAGAAUUUGUUUACGUGAAGAGUUUGUUUAUUAGUAGAAUUUGUUUAUUGGUAGAAUUUGUUUAUUGGAAGAAUUUGUUUAUUGGUAGAAUUUGUUUAUUGGUAGAAUUUGUUUAUUGGAAGAAUUUGUUUAUUGGAAGAAUUUGUUAAUUGGAAGAAUUUGUUAAUUGGACGAAUUUAUAACUUAUUUAAGUUACUCAUCACAAAUAUCUUUACUACUUUAGUUGCUCCAGGUAUAAAAUUUAUAUUAUAAUCACAGCAUUCAUCGGAAUCUUAGAUUAUUUUUAAAAAAAUAUUUAGAAACAUGUCAUACUUUCCGAUUCACUCAAACGCUCAAACCAUAUAUUUUUCAACAGACAAGGAAUUAACUGAUACUAGAAGAAACCAAUCGACUCCCUUGAACAAUCAGCAAGCUAAACCAUCACUGUGUCAAAGUUCGAAAUUCGGAAUUGAUCAUUAUUCUUGGCACCCCAAUUCUCCAACUGGUGUUAAUGUUCUGCAAACCACUAUUUCAUCUGCCAAUUGUUCAAACCAGUUGACGUUAGGUGAAAUUGGUUCCAGUUUCCAAGAUCAACGUUUACCGAGUUUUAAUGAAAUCAAACCGGGCUCUCGAGUACAGUCGUUUGCAAAUACCAAUCUUGGAACUUCAGCUGAACCAAGAUUUAUCACGCCAAGUUUCAGCACUAAUACUCCUUCACCCCCUGCCUUCAUGCCACAGGAAAGAUCACCAGCUAGUUUUGAAAGAUCUUUAAAUUAUAUGGAUUCAGAUACCAAAGAUUGGGAUCACUGCAGCUAUAAUUUGGAAAGCAAUAAAAUCCAAUUUGGAGGUAACUUUAACCCUUCUUCGGAAAACAAGCCAGUAUCACCAGGUACAAAUUUUAUUCCUUAUUCUUGUGAUUUUGAUGAACGUGUUAUCGUUAAUUCUACUUAUCAGGAACCAUCCUUAUUGAGAAAUCAGACCUUGACUACUCAAACUCUUAACGAAGCAACUGUAGUAAAUGUUAAUGAAAAUUACCAAAGUUCAAGAAAUUAUAAUCCACGUAUAGUUUCCGCUACGGAAAAAAUUAGGCCGAUAAUAUUUAAAAACUCAGAUUUUUGCAAUUUAACAGCUCCUUACAGUAUUCCGAAUUCUAUAACUUUAAGUUCCAGAAAUAGUAGAGUUAAACAAAAUAAUUAUUGUGAGUAUGGUUCAAUAUAUGAUGUUGAAAAAAAUUCACCUGAAAGCUCUUUCGCUUUAAAAAGGCAUCGUUUUUCUAACGAUUCAAGAAAACAGACCAUUUCAGAUGACUGCUGUGUUUUGCCAAGAGAAAACAAUGAAAGUGUGGAUUUUCCCACAGACCUAAGCGGUAAUUCGUCAAAGAAAUUUCGAACAGAAACUGGUAAAGUAGCGACGUAUUAUACAUCUAGUUCAAAGGUAACUUGCACAAGAAAUACGAAAAUAAAGAUGAAAAUUUCUGAUAAAAUAGUUUUGGACCGUCAUGAAAUCCCCCCUUGCAGAAUUUCAUAUUCUCCUAAAGACCAGAAUGUGGUUGAUACUUCAACAAAUCGAAUUCAUGAAGCAGAUUCAAGUUCUGUUUUUUCAAAUGGAAAUGCUGGAGGACUGUUAGUUAACGUGAACAACAUCAAAUCAUCAAAGCAGAUUCCAAGCAUCUCCCCAAUUUCUAGUCCUGAGUGCUCGGCGAUGAAUUUAAUAAAAUAUGAUACGUUUGAAUUUAUUAACAACAAUCCCAAAGAAUCUUCUAGCAAUUCACCUGCUGCUACAAUUCAGUCCACCACUGAAGAACCUACGGACUUGUCACGAUGCGUUACAGUUUUGCAGAAUGAAAACUCAAAACCUGUAAGCCAGAUUGGUGAAAUUGAGUCUGAAAUAAGCUUUCCCGUUGAGACAGAUGUUGACAAGAGUCGACCGACAUUUCAAAACUCUAGUAAACCGAUAUCUAGUACCAUAAAAUACCAAAUGAAUAAAGAAACUUCUGGAUUUUAUACGGUUGAAAAUAUGAAGCUUUACACAUCUGCAAUUAUGCAUUCUACCCAAAAGCGAAAUAAGAUAGAUUUUAAUCUACCAGAUUCGAAAUCUACAAAGAAAGUUGAAGGUUCCAUCAAAGAGACCCCUUUGAUAUCUUCAGAAAGCCAAUUUAGUACACCACAUCAAGAGCCUUCACCUUUACACACUACCCAACCUCCUAGUACUGAUUAUUUUUCUGUAAACGAAAAAGAAACGGAUGAACAACAAUAUAUAGUUGGGGGCACAAAAUCAACUUCAGAGGAUAUUUCACUAAAAAAUAAUGCACCUGAAGCAGCUGCUGUAUUGAAACAAGUGGUCUCGUUGGAUACUGGUACCAUUAAGCUAAGCGAAAAUUACAACGAUAACAUUGCGGUGCUUGAAAACGAAAACAAGUUAUCUUCGCCAAAUAUUUCAAAGCAUUCCAAUGAUUUAGUAGCAUCUAUGCAAUCCCCGAUUGAAACUCCUCAAAGCAAGGAACCUGACAUUAGUGUUGAAGAAAGUCAUUCGACUUUAAAGACAGCCGAAGCCCCCUCUCCUAUUGCACUACCGGUUCUCGAGAGUUCAAAUGGGACUGUAUUUAGUGCACGAAUUACUUCUACUGAUCUUUUGACAAAUGAAAAAGAUUCCCAUGUUGAAAAAAACACUAAUGCUUUACCUGAGUGUGAAUCAAUAAAUUGUUCGUCGAUAUUAACACACGAUGUCCAAAUGACCGAUGAUUCUGGUGAUCUGGUAAACAGCAACACAGAACCCAACGAUAUACUGAACUCUACUGAAAAUGACUUAACACUUCCUGAAAAAGGUUCAUCAGACAUUUGUAAAAAGCCCCGCUUGCAAUCGAAAAAGAAGAAAAAAUCGAAAAACUCGGUGCUUAAACAAAGACUCACAGACCGACUCACCGAAACACCGACUCACCGCUCAGUGACGACUCAAACAUUGAUUUCAAUAAUGAAUGAAACCAGUCUGAUGACACAAUGCAGUUUCGAACUGAGACCUCGAGCAAAGGAGGUUUCCAAAAACACUUGCGCUCCUGCAACCUGCACUGCAUCAAGUCCACCAAGGCAUGCUGAACAACGUAACGAAAUGCGAAAUUCUGAUCUCUCCGGAAAGAAGAAACCUGAAUCAGAAAUACCGCCAGUCAAGAAACCUUCUAAAAAGAGAAAGGAUAGACCGGUUACCAAAGGAACCAGAAGAAGUGAACGUCAAAGCAAGCAAAACGAAAAAUUAAACAAUACGUUGUUACUGGACCAACGACAAUGCCGGAUCUGCAAAGAGUACCUAAUGUACGAACGAUCGGUUUCAGAUCAACUUACGAUUUCUGUCAACAAGAAACGAGACGUAUGCAGCGCCUGUAAUAUUUGCUUCCUUCAGAAACCGAUUCUCGAUACAGAUGCUGAAAAAAGACCUCAUAUGUGCGAUAUUUGUGGGCAGCGAUUCACUCGAAAGCUCAACUUAGAAUUGCAUAUGGUGAAACACACAGGUGAUAAGCCAUUUGUUUGCACUAUAUGCCUCAAGUCAUAUGGACACAAAUCUCAUUUAACUCGUCAUUACAACUCCGUCCAUAGAGGUGUACUCAUUUGAAAGCUUAGUGAAAUGGCAGCUUUAUUGCAGUAAGCCAAAACUUAUUGUUGAUUAUUAUGAAAUAAUGGCCACUUUAUAGCAAUAAAUCAGAAUUUCUUUUUGUUGA